UAAAUCAAUUCACAGUGGAAGGGAGUUCCGGUAAUGCUUAAAAGGACCAAAAUACUGCAAGUAUUACAUGUUAUCAUGAACGUACCUGUUACUACAUGGUCAUGGAAUGUAUAUAAAACCCUGUGGGAGGUAUUUGUAGGUGUGGUAGGUGUAUCCCAUUACGUGCAGUAAAGGGGGUUUCUCUUUAAUCUGUUAUUAUAUCUUUAUAACGCACAGAAAAGACGUGUUCAUGUCACACGUGAGGAUUGUGGAUGAUGGGCAAAAUUCCAAAAAAAGUGCAGAAUUCACCCUUCUAUACGGUAGGUGUCAGUACACCACCCGAACGCUAUCUGCCGUGUUCAUUGUAAAAGAGAAGAAGUAAGAAGACUCGAAACAACAUGGACGCCAUUUCACGUAUUUUAUCGCACAAAUCCUGAGUUUCUUCCACUUAAGCUAUUCGUGUUUCAGUCAUGUGUUAAAAUUUUUAGAAUUGGCGUUUUUACUGACUACAAAUGUCAAAAAACUGUUUAUAUCACCUUUUAUUCGACGCCGCGGAGCGUGCCAAGGAGGAAGAGCGAUGACCACUGUCAUUACCAUCAGCUCCGACAGUGAGGAAGACGACUCGGGUGUGGAAUUUGUCAGCUCCUACAUUGAGCCAUCAUGGCCCGUAACACCUGUAUCUUAUGGGGGCAACGAUUCAAAAGCUGCUUAUCUAGAACCCAUUUCACUGACUGAUUUCCCUUUGACGAAGAAGGCCAAGCAAGCAAAGAAUGCCAGUCUUGAACACAUAUCAUCUAAGAAAGAAUGUGAAAGAAGAGUGACAGAAGAGACAUGUUCAGGACAGAACGCUUCUGCUCGUUCAGCUGAAGAUGCCACUCGGCCACCAUCGCACGGCACUCAUGCAGACUCCUCUUCUUUUGGGUACAGCUCCUCUCCAGUCCCCUCUGCCUCACCCAAAGGAAACCUCAUUUCUCAGUCCCACAAAACAUUUCAUGCCACCUGUGACCGCGCACAAGAUGAGACUACCAUGUCACGGCGAGAGACUAAAGUCAUGACCGAUGCAGCGUCUGAUCAACUAUGUCAGAGCGUCCUCGUUGACACUCCUCCCUCUGUAUCGAAAAGCGAAGACUUUGAAGACUUUUUCCGCGGUGAAGAUGAAGAAGAGAGAGAGAGUUUGAAGAAUUUCAAAUGGCAGGAGGAGAUUGACGAAGAAAAUAAUGCUAAUGUUGACUUCAGGGAGGCCAGUCAGGAUGAAAAGCGUUUUGUGUGCCCUCAGAGAUUCCAGAAAGCAAUGGACGGAUUAGCACAUACCCUGGAGGAAGAUGUGCAGUGGCCAACGCCGUUCUGCCAGCAAAGCCUCAGGCUAGUUUACACCACCAUGCAGGUGAACAUCCAAGAGGGCACUCUGCAGCUCUUGUCUGACCUUCUACAUCCUGGUUACUGUCCUCCCAAGGACAUCAUGUCUCACCUGCUCAGUGGCAUCCUCCUGGACCCGCUAUGUUCACAUCACCACUGUGUGCAGGCCUGGAAUCUGCUGAUGAGGGCACAAAGACACCACAGUGUUGACAAAAACACAGUUCCUUGGAGCUGGGAGUUGGUGACUUCAGUCAUGUCCAAUCAGGACGAUAAAAAGAGACAUCGACCUGAGGUUGUGCGCAUGCUCUUGGAUUAUAUUGUACAGACUUUGGAGGAUGACUUCUCGUACAGAAAGUCCACCUCUGAACUCCACCUCUCGAUUGCAAAGGCAACGUUGUCUUGCAAUCGGCAUUUCCCGCAUGUCAAGGAUGUCAUUCAAUGGAUGUUUUCUUCCAUCUUCAAAUCAACUGGAAAUGGAGAUAGCAGUCAAGCAGCCAGAGAGAGAGAAGAACACAUCAGGAUUGUAUCCAGUCUCCAGAGAAUGUUGUCCCUGGCUUUAGAGGUGGACUGCUCUCCCGCACUCAGCACACCCAGGCUGUCCCAGGAACUCUUCUUCAUGCUUGUCAGCACUGAACCCAGACGAGCGCACAGACUGCUGCUGCUGGACAGCAUGCAGAACAACCUGCUGAGAUGUAAGAUGCUGGAACAUAUGCUGGACUAUGCCUGCCCGCUGAAAACACCGGUGCCCAUGUCGCUUAGUCGUCUACUUCACUUUUUGGAGAACUGCACACCGGCUGCAGACCCGACGGAUGGAAGUGAAAGGUGGCAGAAAUGGGAAGAGUUGGUUCAUCACCUCUGGAUGUUGCUGGUCAGCUACAACACAGCAAUGAAAGGUGAGAUGUUUUGCCAUUGCAAUAAAACACCAUUUCUCUUGUUAUUUCUGAGUCUCUUUGCCACUCAUUUUCCUCAUUUGUUGAAACCUAUUUUCAUUGCGCACUUGGAAUGCAUGAGAAAAUCUAGAAGGGGGAGACUGAUAGUUUUAAAGGUCCCAUUUCAUAGUGUUUUAUGUAGCUUUAAUGCGAACUUGCUGUGUCUCCAAGAGAGUGUGUGGCUCCAAGGAGCACAAUUGUGCACUUGAUCCACUUUUUACAUUGAUGCCAUAUAUCACAACAAUGUAGUGGGACAGGAGGAUACAUGGGCCGGUAUGAGAUUCUGACGUAAUGAUAAACCUUGGGCUAAAAUGUCACGGUUUCACCGUAUUGUAAUUACCUCUCUAAAAUGUGUUAUUUUCAAAUAUCUUUAUUGAAAAGAGAACAAAAAGCCAAGUCAAAACAGUCAUUUUUAAGCCAUAUCAUAAAACACGAGGAAAGUGGAGCAUAUGUAUUUAAAACAAGUACCAAAAAAAACACAUAAUUUUUCUCAAUAAAUAAAAUGCAGUUCUCAAUCUUGUCUACUGUGGCUAAUCCUGAAACUGAAGUCACAACACAAUAAGAAGGUUCUCAGUUAAAAAAAAACAAAAAACAAUGCAAAAUGCAAAUAAAUGCAAUCAAGUGGCUCAAGAAGGUCAGACCGUAAAAAAAACCUAACCUCGUAAUGUUACGUUAUUUCCUAGUGGUUAAUGUGCAGGUCACACUUUUCCACAAACUACCAUUUCCGGGUCAUGUGAUUGUUUUUAGAAACUGAAGACGUUGGGGGUGUUCUGCGAAGCGAGUUUAGUGGGUUAGCGAGCUGUGUUGAGUGGAAAGCCGGACUUGUCUGUUCAGCGAAGGUAGCUCUCUUUUAAAGCAGCUGUAUCACCAUGGUAACUUAGGCUCAAACUCAUAACCUGGUCCCGACCGGUUUAGAUGAAAAAAAUAAAUGGGGAAAAAAAGAACAUUCCCUGAUGAUAUUAUCCAUCUAUAAGCGAAAGAUUUUCAGCUGAGGGAAUAUGCUAGAUAUGCUCACUUUUUGAGGCGAGCACCAGGAAUAAAAUGUAAUAUUACUAAUUAGGCCAAUGUUAGCAGACAUAAAUGUCACAGCAGUCUUUGCGUGAGUACUCAGCUCGUUAGUCUUCCUAUUACAUUUGCUGGAGGAAUAAACACUCUGAGGCAUCAAUCAACUGCAGUAAAACACUUGUUUUAUUAUAACAAGGAAAAAAAUUGUACAAGAAAGCAAUUAAAAAGGUCUGCACAACACAUCACACACAAAACACUGCCAUCUAGUGGUCACAACGAGAUACAGUAUUGGAAAAUAUUUCAUGAAAAUAUGACUUCAAAAAAGAAAUGUUGCUCCAAUUAAUUUUUUUAAAUGAAUUAGUGUUAAUAUGUCAAGUUGUGACUAGUAGUAGGGUAGUUAGUAUAGUUAGUAUAAUAUUCAGUGUUAACUUCCGCAUUCACACGCCGGUCCUCCCUCGCCCUAUUGGCGGCAAGAGUCUUGCUUUUAGCAGUCACAAUGUUUUGGGAACUCAUCAUAACGCUCCAUAAUAAUUACUUCCUUGUCUUGCACAAAAUGCACUGGCCGGGAUCGCUUCACUUUCCAGCGGAAGUAGAAUAAUAUGACGUCAAACACUGUCGAAGUACCGUUCAAUUCUGUUUGGGGAAUUUAGGUUUUGUUGAGUUGGAUGUUGAGCACAAAGCCUGGGAUGGUUGAGCCACUUUCGCACAAUACCCCCGUUAAAUGGUUGUUGCUUGUUCUUCAGUGGAGAGUAAACGCUUUAUACUACUUAUCGUCCACUCCCUUCUCUUCCUCAAUCACAUCUCCACAUUUGGUGACCCUCGACGUGAGAAAUAUGUGGACCGACAACAGCGCAGCCGUGCCGGCACCGCUCAAUGCUAACAAGGCAGCUAACGCCGGUGCUAUCUACGCUCGAUUUUUGACAACACAGCACACGCUUGUGGUUCCAGCACAUCGAAGUCUAGUUCCGACUGUGAGGAAUAACAUAGGACAUGAAACUGGUAACCGGCCCAUGCCAACACAGGACAAGCUCAUCUAACAAGGGGCGGGUUAGAGUCAUUACCAUGUCCACCAUGAGGAAGGAGGUUUUCCAAAGGCAAGCGUUUGAACACCUCUACUCUCCAAAGUAGAGUCAACAAGUGAGGCAGAUUUAUAUAUACAGUAUUUCUCAUGUUUGGUACAGGGACACAUAUUACAGGUAGGACAUUAGUAAAAGAUCAUUUUUGCUUAAUGGAGGACCAUAUACAUUUUACAUAAUAAACAUUCCUUACUUGGCCCCUUUUCACUACUACUACUACUACUACUAAACGUGUAGUAUUACCAUGAAAGACAUGUACAUUGUUCAUAUACAUUGUUCGCCUC